UGCUUUUUUGCCUUUGCUUUUUGUCCAUUUUAGACACACACACUCUCUCUCUCUCCCCCCUUUCUUCUCUCUCCUGAUAUAGCCCAGUCAACCUCAUGUCUUCCUCACUUUGUUCCAUUUUAAACCAACACCAUUCUCUUUCUCCCAUCCAUUGGUCAAUCUUCAUCUCUGAAACCCUGAAACUCAAACGCUCUCUAUUCGGCUCACCUCUCCCAUUUCAACUAAAUCACUUUUCAUUACCAUCAAAUACAUACUACUUGUGACCCAUUUCUGGUUUCUCCUUCCAGAGUAAAAGACAGACUUGGUGGAGCAUUAUAUAUCUACAGUUGUAGACCACCUCCACGCCAAUCCACCAUUGCUUGCUCCAUUCCCAUUUGAUCUGCAACUCAAAAACCUAAUAUUCAGCCCAAUAUCAUAUAUCAUAUGAUUAUAUGCUAGUUGGGAAACAAAAAUCAUUCAUGAUUAGACUCUCCUUCUUGUUCAUUACUCAUCUCUACACCCAAAAUCCUUUCCUCUAGUUUGGUGCUCUUUACCCUCCACCUUCAAAGCAAAGCAACUUACAAUGUGGAUGAUGGGUUACAAUGAUGGGGGAGAGCUGAAUAUGCCUGAUUCAUUCAAUGGCAGGAAGCUUCGGCCUCUGAUUCCAAGACCAGCUACUUCUACCAACGGCACUGCAACUACCACGUCUUCUUGUUUAAGCCGCAUCCAUGGGACUGAUCUUUUUGGACUGAAUCACCAUCUGGAGCAAAGCAACAUUAGAGAGUUCAAUACAACUCCAGUCAUAGUGAGCUCACGUUGGAAUCCAACCCCGGAGCAGCUAAGGACCCUAGAAGAAUUAUAUCGGCGCGGGACUCGAACGCCUUCGGCUGAGCAAAUUCAGCAUAUCACCGCACAGCUCCGCCGAUACGGCAAGAUUGAAGGCAAGAAUGUGUUUUACUGGUUUCAGAACCACAAGGCAAGGGAACGGCAGAAGCGGCGCCGACAACUUGAACCAGAUGAGCAGAAUCGGGAUGUUGAAAGCACAGAGAGGAAGGAAUCAGGAGGAAGUAGGACAGGUUUUGAAGAACAGACCAAGAACUGGGCACUCUCUACAAACUGCAGUAUACUUGCAGAGGAAUCUCUUUCAAUACAAAGGGCGGCAAAAGCAACAGCUGCAGCAGCAGAAUGUAGAACAGAUGGAUGGAUCCAAUUCGAUGAAGGGGAAUUACAGCAUAGAAGAAGCUUGGUAGAAAGAAAUGCCAUUUGGCAGAUGAUGCAGUUGUCUUGUCCUUCUCCCACCACCCACCUCAUAAACACGACUACUACUACAAGAACCAAAGAAGCUGCAGCAGUUAGAAGAAUGGACCCAAAGCUCAUAAAGACUCGAGAUCUGAACAUCUUUAUAGCUCCCUACAGAUCAGAAGGUCAUAAUCACUUGGCCGGUGUCGGCGCCGAUCACUCCAAUGAAGAAGAGGGUGGAGAAUCCCAAACCCUUCAGCUGUUCCCCCUCCGGAGCGGCGAUGGCAAUGAAAACAUUAAUGAAAAAGAGGGCGAGAUAUCAGUUGCUGCCAUGAAUACCAACCUCACUCCUCACCAGUUUUUUGAGUUCCUUCCACUGAAGAAUUAAACAAGGGGAAGUUAACCCCAUGUGGGUUGCAGGCCUCCUCAGCUUACUAUGUAUGCAACAUGAUGAUGGGUUGUGCUAGAUUUUGUAUUUUUGUUGGAAACUGAGACUGCUUUUAUUGCUCUUGAUGUUACAUUUCAUGGAAGCCAUGCAAUGUUAGCAAGUGGGUAUGAAACAAGGUUGCCUUAAACUGCA